AUGAAAGCGAUUUUGUUACUUUUCUUCCUUGAUUUUUGUAAGACUCAAUAUUCGGGCGAUUAUUUUGACAAUUAUGAGAUUCAAGAUGACGAUAAAGAAAUCCUCGAGAUCGAGAUAGGAAAUCUGAAGCCAAAGGAGGAUGAUCUCUUUUUCGAUUCAAGGCCAGACGAAAAUGACGAUCCUGAGGAGCUCGAUUCGAAAUCGGAUGUCAUUAUUUUCGCGACAAGGGAAUUUAGCAAAGAGAUCGCCGCGGAAAUCGUUGAAAAGAUGAAAGAAGCAUUCCUGUCGCUGAUCAAUUUCCUCGAUUUCUUUCACUGGUAA